UUCUACAAGAAAGCUCUUGUGAUUUUUACUCAUAUUUAUGAAUCAUGAACCCCACAGCUCUAGCUAUUACUCUGGUCAUAACCUGCACACUCUUGUCGAUGUCAGAAGCUGGAGCUCCACGUAUGCAGCUACGAUGCCGAUGUAGAGAAACAGUGAAAAAAGAAAUUGCUUUUCACAGAAUCAGCAAGCUGGAGAUAUUUCCACCUGGUUCUCAAUGCAAAAACAAAGAAGUACUUGCCAUGGUGAAAGUCAGGAGGAACGUAGAAAAGGAAACGUGUCUCAACCCCCAGGAUCGAUGGGUUCAGGAUGCCAUUGAAAAGAUGACUCGAGGUUCAAGAUGAAAGAAAAAAUUUCAAAGAAGAGGAAAAGAGGUUCAAGAAGAGGAAUUUAAUAUAAUUGCUU